CUUUCCUUUUCAGACGCGACUACCAGCUUUAAAGUGGCAUGCCACCUUUCUUACCUUCAUAAUUACUUUAGUUGUCUUUGAAGAGCAAACAACAAAAUAUUCUGUAUUUCGUUCAGUUAUGCUGCAAGCUAGACUAUUUGAUUAUUCUUGAAAUUUCCGGUCAAUAUGGACCCCCAUAUGCAGUAUCUAGCCCAGAAGCUCCUCACUGAGGAUCAGAUCGUAACUUAUCGCCUCCUGAGCCGGGCAUUGAAGGUUCACGUAAACACUGCCAAAGAGAUGCUUUAUGAUUUUCAUAAAUGGCAGAACGAUAAACGCCCAGGAUCUCUUCAUGCCACAUACCUCGUAUACGGUACUAAGAAGGUAGCGGUAAAAACAGAAGAAUCGGAUGGCGAUGUGAAGAUGACCGAUUCUCAAAGUUUGGGAGAGAUGCAUGUUCCUUUCUCAGAUGAAGUUUCUACUUAUACGCUCUCUAUAGUUAAAGAGGAACAACUGCAAGAUCUACUAGCAGAGUAUGAUGAGGUUACCUCGAUACACAUCUACAGCUUAGCACUCCAUCCCCUCAAAGACCUCCAGCUCUUGGCCGAUACAGCUCGACAGGUCCUGGAGUUGUCCACAACAGGCGACGUUCCAGCUUCAAGCAAAACAUUUGGUUCAAUUGCCAAUCACAAUGUGCGUAGGAGGGAACGUCGUGGGCCAGCACCUAAGCCUGUUACUAGUACACCCACUUCCAAAGCUGCACCAAAGGCCGAAAUCAAGCAAGAGGCACAACCUGCCGAUGUUAAGGAGGAGCCUAAGGUAGCACCUCAAGCUAAUGUUAAAGGAUCAACUUCAGUUGCUACUACUAAGAAGCCUACUGCUGCUACUUCGUUGAAACGACAGAGUUCUUCUGGAAUUGGGCAAAUGUUUGCUAAGGCAGCUGCUAAACCUAAGAAAACUGCAGCGAGUGCUGCCGAGGAGGACCAAAAGAUGGCCUUGUCUGAUGAUGGAGAGGACGACGUCGUGCCGAUGCCGGAGGUUAAGCAAGAGUCGGAGAGUGCUAGGCAACUGAGGAAGAAUCGCCAAGCCGAACUGCGUCGCAUGAUGGAAGAGAGCGAAGAAGAGGAAGAUGAAAAAGCGGAGAGUCCUACUGAGGAGCCUAUGGAGGAAGAAGAGGAGGUGCCUUCACCCGAACCGGAACCUAAGGAAGAAGAACCCGCCGAAGUAGUAUCGAGCACAGGCGAUGGUAAACGUAGGGGAAGACGACGAGUCACGCGCAAGAAGCAGGUUAUGGAUGACAAGGGAUAUUUGGUUACAAUACAGGAACAGGGUUGGGAAUCAUUUUCCGAGGACGAAGCUCCGCUGCCGCUUAAACAGAAGCCUCAACCAGCCAAGACAGAACCUGCUGCAAAGCCCAAGAAGGCGACAGGCAAGGGCCAGGGUAAUAUUAUGUCCUUCUUUUCAAAGAAGUGAGGUCGUUGCUAUAUACUCGGAGGGUUGUGGACUAGAGCCGGUCGUGGGAAAGAUUAACUGAAUAACCUAGGAGAUUCCCUUAUUAUAAGAAGGGCUUAAUUGUCUUGAGCUAAUCGUAGUGAAGCAGGAGUCUUGCCAUCUUCGACAGAAAUUUACAACAUGUUACUACAUUAAAAGAUGACAUUUCUCCUCGGUUGUGAAGUUUCAAUCCUUUAUCUACCUAAAACUCAACACCUACCCCCGAUGCAUACUCUCUAAUUAUAAACUCCUACGAAAUAAAACUUACUAGGAAUGGUUUCAUGAGAUCUGCCAUUUAGUUAUACGUAUGUGACUUGUAGCGGUGCUAGCCUAUAUGGCUAACUUUCGUUUCUCUUUGGCCGUGUU